AUGGAUCCGGCCAAGCUGUACCGUGUGGCGUUGCCUUGGGAGGCGCCGUUCGCGCACUCCAAACAAGGCGACUUCUCGACGCCCGGCGAGUUCGUGGCGAGGAGCCUCAACCGGCACUUCAUCAGCUACGUCGAGGACAAGAUCAAGUCCUACCAGAAGACCCUCUCCGAUCCCUACUGGGUCUUCGAUGCGGAGGAUGACACCAAGUGGAAGGAACUGCUCGAGGCCUACGGCAUGAUGGGCAAGAACUGCCUGAGCAGCCUCGUGCUCGCUCUGCUCGAUUGGCAACAGCGGAAGCUCAGCAAGAAGAUUGACAUGUGGGAGGACUUUGCCAAAGAGCUCAACAAGGCCCAGGCCGCCCAGCUCCAGGCCACCUAUGAAGAGCGAAAAAUGUACACCAUUUACUAUGUAUUUUGUCGGCUGGUGUUGGAGGUGCUGCCAAACGCGGACGAAUCCGACAACCCAAUCUCAGGCGCUGCCGCUGAUGAGCUCGAAAAGGCCUGCUUCCUCUACUUUGAGGAGAACAAGGCGUUGGUGCUGGUCAAGGCUAAGAAGGGAGAAAAAGAAGAUAUGGCCGUGGCCAACCGACUUCACAUCUACGAGCUCUUCUCUCAGAUCCUCGGCGAGCUGUGUUCUCAAAACCGAUUCGGAGAGAUCAUGAAGAAGCUCUUCGAUGUGCUGGAGGCCACCAGCAGCGCCAAGGACCUCUCCACUUCGCUUUCCGCCAUCUACGCCCUCCGCAACGUCAAGAUGGACAUCUCGACCAACGCAAAGAUCGUCGAGUCGGCGGCCUUCAUCAAGCGAGUGCGCGAGGAGUACUUCGACCCCAAGGCCAAGAAGCUCAAGGAGGAACUCCAAGCCGCCUUCGCCGAGCUUUUGGGCAGCAUCCUCAUACCCAUCGUCGAGUCCAAGACCGAAGGCACCCACACUUCCUCGCCCAGCGCCAUUUUUGUGGACAUUCAAUCGCAAAAAGAUGUGUUGGCCGACUUCUAUGCGAUCGUGUCCGAUUUCUAUGACCGGAUCAUGACCCAGUACGGCAAGAAGAAGAUCAAGGGCCGUGAGCACGUGUUUUAUCCGCUCCUUACGGGCCUGCUCUGUGCGGCCCACGUCAAGUUUUUCGAGGCCAAGUACUACGAAAUGCUGGAUAUGCUCUUCAAGUCGCUCAAGGAGCCCAAGUUGAAGGCCCUGGCGCUGGAGUCGAUCUACCACCUGCUGCUCAAAUUCCUGGCGGUGAAGGACACCAAGAGCUUCGGCGAGGAGUGCGCCAAGCUGUUGGACCAGCUCUUCAUUCAGCCGGCCAAGGAAAAGAAGAAAGAGAAGCAGCUGAUUCAGCCAGGCGAGGAGUGCGUCGACAUCAUCGUCGACAUCAUCACCCUGUUGUCGGUGGCCAAGUUCGACCAGACUACGCACAGCGUCGUGCUCGAGCUCAUCAAAGAUCGCGCCUCGCCCGAUAAGGUGCUGGUGGCGCUGCUUUCGUUCAACGCCAUCACGGACCGGCUGAUUCCCGCCACCGAAGGGCGCUCGGGGUCGAGCGGCAGCAGCAGCGGCGGGGGCAAGUCGUCUGGCGGCACGCUCAAGGGCUCGGGCAAGCAGGUGGGCACCAUCCGCACCACCAUGGUGGUGCCUCGCGGUCAGGCCAACCCGAGCCUCAAGCGCCAGGCCAUGCGCCGGUUCCACGCCGAGACCGAGAAGAUCAUCCUCGACGACUUCGCGAAGGGCAUGGGCAUGGCGCUGGAUCGGAUCAUUGCGGACGUGCACGCGCAGUUUGGCACCCUGCUCCUGAGCGACCCCAAGUACAACAGCAAGACCGUUCAGGAGCUUGUGGGCAAGGACAAGGCGGGUCAGCUGGCUGUGGCGCCUCUGGCGCUCUCCUGUUUGCGCCGUGCGCUACCUUCCGAGAUGCCCCUGCACGAACUGGUCCACACGUUGGCCAAGUACACCCUACACGUCGACAACGCGAUCCGCAAUGAGGCGUUCCAGGUGCUGCAGCACAUGGCCAAGUGCUUGCCGGUGCUCCGGGCGACGAUCGUCGAACAGUUCUGCCGGGUCACGUCGAGCAUUCCCGAUAUCUAUCCCCAGCUCAUCCGCAAGUCCCUCUCCAAGCUUUCGGUCCUCUUGAAGCUGUGGCACGACAUGGAGAGCGACAGAGAGCUCAAGCUCGAGCAGAAGCAGCGAGAAGACAAGAGCAAGUCCUACAUCGCAUCGGGCCAACUGGAGAACGUCAAAUCGGUAGUGUGCCCCAUCUCCGAGGUCGACGGCACGGCCCUGCUCUUCCUGUGCCACCCGCUGGCCAACGUGCGAGAACUGGCGUGGGAGGUGAUGAAGGCCGUGCGCCACGUCAACUCCGUCCUGCCCCAAGAGACUGCGGUGGAGGAAACCGUGCUGCUGGCCAACUUGAUCGAGGCCAACGCGAACAAGCUGGCCGGCGCGGGCGAUGUCGACCGGAAUCUGAUCACCAAGCGCUCGUUCGCGCUCAAGGACGGCCACAGCGAGGAGGCGGCCAAGGAGCUCCGACUCCUGGGCCUCAGCGGCAGCUCGAACAAGCUCACCACUCGCCGGGCCACCGACGCCGACUGGCGGUCCAUCAGCGACGCCCGUGGAGACUCGGAGGGGGCCUACAAGGCGCAGCCCGCCAGCCAGGGCACGCUCGAGGAGGUCGUCAGUCUCAACAAGGGCCUGCACAAGGACGACGCGCAAUUGCGGUGGGCGCGCAUGCUGGGCGCGCUGGUCCCGCUGUGCGCGAACGAAGGCACGGUCAACUUUGCACUCCGGCACAUCGUCCCGCGCAUGGCCGCGGCGCAGGCCUACCUUGAGUCCACGCGCAACCAGAAGAGCGUUUCGCCCGACUUCGAGUCCCAGAGCCUGCUCUGGCGCAACUACGCCGUCGCCGCCUGCGCAGCCUACGGUUCGGAGGGUGACGUAGCGGAGGAGGUCGAGUGCACCAAGCCCGAAGCGGUCUUCAGCUCCAUCCUGGGCGUGCUCAAGACUCUGCCCACCCUGUCUCCCUUCCUCGUUCUGGCGUUGAGCUUCGUCAAGUCCAGCUUUGUGCCGACGCUUCUGGACAAGCUGGACCCCUACAACACGGAGGUCUACCAGAACUUCAAGCCCUCCAAGGGCAAGCAGCACCAGAAGGACCCCCAGUUCGUCCUCCGCUGCCAGCUCGGCCUUGUGUUCCGGUUUACUGCGGAGAAUCUGCAAUCGCCGGCCAUGAACCCCAACCUGCUCAAUUCUUACCUCGAUUGGAUGAAGCAAACGCGAGCCUAUCUGGACACGGUGGUGGGCGAGUGGUCGGACCCGCUGCAGGGCCUCCGCUACGACUUCUUCUCGGUCAUUGCGCGCGUGGUGCACCACGUCCACGCCGGCAUGCCGGCCAAGCUCGCCGAGGUCUUCCCCAAGCAGUACCGCAAGAAGCUGUUCCUCUUCUGCUCCAAGUACUGCGGUCACGCGCCCAAGGCGCUCACCGACAAGGAGUCGCCCGACGCCAACCAACUGAUCAAGUGUGCGGACGCUGAGUCGAUGGAGAAGGCUCGCUCGCUUCAGUAUGCCGCACUCAACGCUAUGGGCGUUCUGCUGCGCGGAGGCGACUUCUACAAGGCGGAGAAGUCGAGCGACCCGCGCGGACCCAUCGCCGGGCUGUUGACCAACAUGUUCAAGAUCACCGACGUGCAGGUCAACUCGAUCGGCGAGUCCGCGCUCGACAUCUACCUUGAGAGCAACGCCGGCCACGAGGACCGCUUCCUCACCCUGUGUCUUGACCUCUGCUAUGACGACGACAAGCAGGUGAGCCGAGGCUACUUCAUGGCCGCCGGACGGGCCAUCAUCGAGCGGCAGCUGGGCGGCUCCCUGCCCAUUCCUGCCCUCCUCAACCUGUGCCUCAUCAACCUGGCCCACGAGUUGCACGAGGUGCGUGAGCUGUCGCAGAAGCUGCUGCAGGACAUCACCAACAACGACAAGUACUGCAUCUGCCCGCCCACGGGCGUUCUCGACACGUCGGCCGCGCUCCAGUACAAAAUUUCGAGCUUGCUGGCGGAGGACUACCCGCAGCUGGCGUUCGAGGUGUUCAGCGCGGCGUGGCACCGGAUCACCACGACGGGCAUUCACGGCCACGCGCACAUGCUCUUCUACCUGCCCCCGUGGCUCGAGGCCAUCGACUUCGCCGUCCUCCCGUCCGACGCCACCGUCUCCCUCCUCGAGAACCUGUGCACGUUGACGUUCAAGUACGGGUCGUUCCAGCCGUUCCUGCUCGAGAGGCUGUGGGCGCAGCUGGUGGCCCGCUACCGGGCCAACAUCGCCUCCAUUCUCCAGUUCAUCGUCCAGACCAUCCUCCAGACCCGCAACGAGCAAUUCCUGCCGACGGGUAGGAAGAUUGCCGUGUUCCUGGGCAGAGUGGACCCCGUGGCGACCAUCGAUCUGCUGAUCGCUGGCCUCUACGACACCACCCAGAUCAAAUUCGCCGACGAGGAGCGAGGCGACAAGGAGAAGGAGGACUCUGCCGAGGAGUUGUCGGAGAAGGAGAGCGAGGACGGUCUGGGCGCCGGCCAGAGCAUGGAGAAGAGCGCCAGCGGCGGCAGCAACAGCAAGUGGGAGUUCAGCCGCAUCGUGACCGUCGACAAGAAGCAGGAGCACGCCCUCUCCAGCCUCGAGGCCUGCAUGAUCCUCCUCAUCGAGUUGGGAGUGGAGCACAUCGUGGAGCUGUGCGACCACCUGCAGGUGGUGUUCCAUGUGCUGUUCCUCAACCUGGACUCGCCCAACGCGCUCAUCCACCGCCACGCGCGCAUCUUCCUGGCCAACCUGGUCUACUCCCUGACGUCGGGCCAGGUGGGCAAGCUCGAGCGGGACUCGCCCGCGGCCAAGUUCCUGGCCCGGAUCGAGGCCCUGGGCGACCGCCGGCCGUGGGCCUACGAGGACCCGACCAUCACCGCGCUCGACAUCGAGAGCGCCAAGCAGCUGGGCCAGUGGGUCGCCGAGGUCGUCACCCUCCUCCCCUCCUUCACCCUCCUCCCCUCUUCCUGGGGCGCCGAAGCGCUUUCGUGGGCGGCCAAGAUCGGGCGCAUUCCGGCGCACUACGUGUACCGCUCGUUCCACGUCUAUCGCGCACUGCUGCCGCUGGGCUGUAGUUUGAACGAGGAGGCCGUCGCGGUCAUUCUUAGCAUUCUGUACAAGCACGAGGCCAAGCGACCCAUCGACCGCAUCGGCCUCGCCAUCGACAUCAUGCACACCUUCAUCGUGAUCAUCGAGGCCACGCCAGCGGAGGAGCUGCUCAAGUACCACCAGAUCUUCUGGGCCAUCACCUCCGUCCUCUACGCCGACUACCAGCAAGAGUUUUUAUAUAUCCUUUCCAAUCGCGUGCUGGAGGCGUUCUUCGCCAAGAUGGACUUCAGCGACCCGCGGAUCUAUCAGCACUUUGUCGCCAACAUGCCGGCCAACCGGGAGCCCGCCUUCACCGGCCUCCAGCCGCUCCUGCUCAAGGGCCUCACCUCCGACUUCACCGCCGCCGAGACCAUCCAGUUGCUCAAGCAAGUGGCGCUGCUGCCGCCCGAGAACGCGCUGGUGGAGGUCCACCCGGAUCCCCAGCACCGCUACCUGACCUCGCUCUUGGGACUGGCGCCGUGGCUGAUGGCCAACUACGAGAAGGAGGCCGGCACCAAGCUCGCGCUCGAUCUCGCCCAGAUCCUUCAGAAGGUCCAGCUCCAGAAAUUCACCGACCUCCUCUGCAACUUUGCCAAGUCGGUGUUCAAGACGGAGAAGGAGUUUGGCAAGAAGCUGGGCUCGAUGAUCGCCAAGAAGUUCUUCCCGACGGAGGAGAUGUACGCCUUCUCGCUGCUCGCCGAGUUCCUGGACAUCGGCCCCAACGUCUACAAGCGCUACAUCCUCGACCUCAUGGCCGGCAUGACCAAGGCCGUCAAAUGGAAGAAGUCCGUCCUCGCCAAGGAAGAUUCUCCAGCGCUGUUCGCUGUGGUGGGCAAGCAAUACGGCACGGAGCGCUGGCGCAAGGCGCUCGAGGUCAUGGACGUCGUCCUCAACAGGAAUCCCACUACGGUGGACAUCGGGCGGUCGGAGCACGUCAACGUGGUGGAGCGCAUCGGCGACUUCGAGCGGGCCUCGCGCACCUGGCAGUCGCUCGACAAGGGCAAGGCCCUCGUUUCCAAUUCCCUCUACCAGAAUCUGCCGUCGCUGUUGGCGCAGCAGGCCACGGGCAAGCCGCUGCCCAAGCCGCCCACGCCCCGAGGAUUCGACGACGGCCGGCAGCCGUCCUUCCGCAAGCCCUCCGUCUCUAUGGACUGA